AUGGCUACUGUUAAUGUUGAUAACAUGUUAACGAGGUUAAGACAGAAGCGUGCUAUAGGGAAGAGAAGGAAAAUUAUUGUCUGUACAAUGAUCUCUUUUAUGGUUACGCUAGUACAAUGGUAUUAUGAUAAUUUUCGUGUUAAAGAGCCUUCACAUGAUUGGGAUGAAGAAAUGCGAUCUUAUUUGAACCGCAUGUACAAUGGAAAAGAAGUUGAUUGUAUUGAUCAAUUUCGAAUUAGCAAAUGUGCAUUCAAAAAGUUAUGCAGAAUUUUAGAAGAAAAUGGUGGAGUCAUUGGUUUUGACUAUUACCGUUCAAUCGAAACAAUUAGUCAGCAAUUUAACAAAGUCUUAUAUGCCAUGAUGAGAAUUAGUGAAGAAUACAUAAAGUUCCAGCCAAGUACUGUUGGGAGUUCCGAAAGAAGCAAAUGGCAGUGGUUUGAGAAUUGUCUUGGGGCACUUGAUGGAACUCACAUUCCGGUAACAGUGUCGGCAGAAGAAAGACCAAGAUAUCGAAAUAGGAAGGGCGAUAUCUCCACUAAUGUUUUAGGGGUUUGUGCUCCAAAUUUAAGAUUUAUUUAUGUAUUACCUGGAUGGGAGGGCUCUGCAUCUGAUGCUCGUAUAUUGCCAGAUGCUUUACGUAGGAACAACCGAUUUCAUGUUGCAAGAGAUAAGUACUAUCUUGUGGAUGCGGGUUAUACUAAUGGACCGGGGUUUUUAGCACCGUAUAGAGGAACUAGGUAUCACUUGAGUGAAUGGAGUGGGAACAAUUGA